GGGCGUGUGUUCAAAAGGUCCAUUGCUGAAUUACUAUGUGGCCGUAUACUUGACUCCCACUACUCUUGCAUAACUUUCUCUGUUACUGAGUUUAAGUAGCCUCUUCCCUCUGUGCCUUUAACUUCUGAGCCGAUUUCCCAAGAGCAACAACAUGUAAGGAGCUCAGCGACCCUCCCCCUGAUGGAUUAUUUAACAAGUUGGUGAGACCCAUGUCGCCAUCUGCGAUAGGGAGGAAAAACACUACGGCAUCUCCUCUGAAGCAUAUGACAGGUCUGCGCAGCAUUUAAAUAGGACCCAAAAAAUAAACAAAACUAACAAAGCAAACCCAUUUUUCACCGAGGGAUAAAACAGUUAAUCCGUAAACAACAGCGGGUCAGCUUUGCAACAAGUGUUAGGCAUCCUGCCGGCGGCGGAGACAGAAAACAGGCGCUCAGGUGAGGUGCGUCUUCUGGCCAAAUAUUACAUGCAACGCAGGUCCGUUUUCCGCGAAAAUAGCCUAUAUAAUUGCAUGUUAGUGAAAUAUGGAUUGUGAUAGGGCUGCGGACGUAUUUCAACAUGUAAAAAGGUGUCUUUUGUAAAAUUCGCGUCGCCCGUGAAGGAAAAGAAACGUUAAAGGUGUUUACUGCCGCUUUUGAAUAAGCGCACGUAGGAUAUGAUGCGGAUUGAUACUUUAUCUUUUCCCCCAAAUUAACCGGAUGACUUGGGUGAACUGCGCGCAGCAACAAAAUACAAUGCUGACCCUCACCCACACGGUGAACUAAUCGGGCUUAACGCGGGGUGCUGAGGGAGUCGCCAGAGCUGCAGUCAUGGUGGUGGAGAGGACGCUGCUCGCCGCACGGCAAGGGGACGUACAAACUCUCAAAGUGCAAUUAGCGGCAAAAGUGCUCAACAGCGACGUGAAAGAUGUUCUGGGGGCGACGCCUGUCCACCACGCCGCCCGGGCCGGGAAGCUCACCUGCCUCCGCUUCCUGGUGGAGGAGGCUGGUCUGCCGGGGAACUGCAUGGCCAACAACGGAGCCAGCCCGGCGCACGACGCGGCGGCCACCGGGAACCUGGCCUGCCUGCAGUGGCUGCUGACACAGGGGGGAUGUCGAGCAGUGGACAGAGACAGUUCUGGCGCUACCGUUCUCCAUCUUGCAUCCCGCUUCAGUCACCAUGAGAUCACUGAUUGGCUGCUGAAGACUGGCGAGGUGGACCCCGGGGCCUCCACCGACACCGGCGCCCUCCCCGUUCACUACGCUGCUGCCAAGGGUGACCUGCCCUCUCUCCGACUGCUGCUGGGUCACAGCCCAAAUGUUGUCAAUUCCCAAACAACGAACGGUGCCACACCCCUCUACCUGGCCUGCCAGGAGGGUCAUCUGGAGGUCGUCCAGUAUCUGGUCAAGGAUUGUGGGUCAGAUCCAAGCAUUAGAGCCAAUGACGGGAUGACACCUCUGCAUGCCGCCGCCCAGAUGGGUCACAACACUGUCAUCGUCUGGCUGAUGAGUUUCACAGACGUCAGCCUGGCAGACAGGGACGGUGACGGGGCGACAGCCAUGCACUUCGCCGCCAGCCGCGGACACGCCAAAGUGCUCAGCUGGCUGCUGCUGCAUGGCGGCGAGAUCAUCACUGACAGCUGGGGAGGGACCCCGCUACACGACGCUGCUGAGAACGGGGAGCUGGAGUGCUGUCAGAUCCUUGUUGUUAAUGGGGUGGACCUGGGCAUCAGGGACCAGGAUGGCUUCUCGGCAGCGGACCUGGCCGAAUACAACGGCCACUCCCAGUGUGCCAAAUACCUGCGCACUGUGGAGAACAUGGUGAGAGACACAGCCACGCUCCAUAGUGUGGAGCACCGUGUUUUGUCCCGGGACCCCUCAACAGACCUGGAGUACAAGCAGCCAGACUCGGGCCUCUCUUCCCCAAACACCACCAUGCCCCCUGCCAACCAGGUGGCACACUUCGACAUCAGGUCGCCCUCCAGCUCCCUGUCCAAUUACGACUCCGCCAACUCCAGCCAGUCCAGCACCGGGGAGAAAAGGAGCAGCUUACCCUCACACGCGCCGCCGGCCCAGAUCAACACAGUCUCACAUGCAGGGACCCCAGAGUCGGCCAUCACAGACAUGCAGGCCUACAUGGACAUGCUGAACCCAGACAUUGGGUCUGAAGCUCCCAAGAGGGGUGAGGAGUCCACCCCUGAUGCUGCUUCAAAGCUCCCGCCACCACCGACUUUUCCUCCCCCGCCUCCCCCUCAGUGUCCUCCAGUGCCGCCGCCGCCUCCCAGCUACCCAGCACCUGAGCCGCCCGCGCAGGAGCCGGCGUCAGCUGAGUUCCUGAAGGUGAAGAGCAACCUGCGACGCGUGGAGAAGAAGGCGCUCCCCUCUGGAGAAAACCCUGACAGGCUGCGGCGUGUGGACUCAAACAGGAAGUCGAGGAGCUUCAGCAAGCAGCCCAGCACUGGGGACUACUACAAGACCCUGGGCAGCGACACGGCCGAACCCCGUGGGAGCAGAGGCAUGGCGCCCAACGAGGAGGGCUCAGCGUUAUUGGAGGAGCCUGCUGAAAGUCCCGCCCCUGCUCCUGAGAAUGGCACCGUCGAGGAGCUGGUCCCGCCCCCACCUCCUCCGCCGCCGCCCCCGCUCCCCCCCAGCAACCCGACCCCUCCGCCCCCUCCACCCCCCUCGUUGCCCCCGGAGACGCCAACCCCCCAGAAUCACUCAGCCAGCAGCACCAACCAGCGACGCCCGUCUUCCUCUUCAGGAAGCGGGGGUCUCUCUCUCUCUCAGGCAGAGGGAGGGCCGCUCAGACAGAUGAAAAGCACGAAAUCUUUCAACAUGAUGUCCCCCACUGGCGACAACUCGGAGCUGCUGGCAGAGAUCAAAGCAGGGAAAAGCCUGAAGCCCACACCUCACAGUAAAGGCUACACCACUGUGUAUUCCAGCAGCGGACCCCCGGGCAACAAUGGGAACACCCCAUCUCCACCAGAGACCCGCACUUCCACCCCUCCGGCCAAGCCCUUGUCCCCGCCGCCCUCCAAUCUGCCUGUCACCUCGCCACCUGCCACUCCCACCCCCAGCCCGACCGGCUCCGGCUCUUCCAGGAACCUGUCGUCCUCCAUGAGCUACGAGCAGCUGCCAUCCAACUCGGUCAUCAAUGGGAACAGUGGUGGCGGCAGCACAUCAGGGACGGUGCGGAAGACGAGCCUCGCGGACGUGGAGGCGCUAGUGCCCACCCACGACGAACAGGGCAAAGCGAUCCCCGAGUGGAAGAGGCAGGUGAUGGUGCGGAAGCUUCAGGUCAAGAUGCAAGAGGAGGAAGAGCACAAGCGCAAGGCGGAUGAGGAGGCAGCGCGCCUGGCAUCGAUGCCAGCCUGGAGGAGAGACAUCAUGAAGAAGAAAAUGGACGAGGAGAGGUUGGACAGGGAAUCUAAAAGAGAGAGAGAGGAUCUGAGAUCGAGCGCUCCAUCUAGUGGCCAAAAAUUGUUACAUAAGUUCCAUGGGAAUCAGGCACUGCAGCUGAAUUGCAGAAAAGAGGAGGAACAAGCAAAACAGGCCAAGGAGACGGAGGAGAAGACAGAGCUGGAGCGACUACGGACCCUCGGCUACGACGAGACCAAGCUGGCACCCUGGCAGCGGCAGAUCAUCCUGAAGAAAGGGGACAUAGCCAAACAGUGAGCUCGGCCGUCUCCACUCGCCUGCCCCACAACGCUCCCCUCCCACACACACAUGCACACACACACACACACACACACACACACACACACACACACACACACACACACAAACACACACACACACCCCAUGGCCUUCAUCGAACGCCUGUCCCUCCCUGAUCCUCCGUUCUGAACGACACCCUGAGGAAGCGCCUCUCUCCUCUGAACCCGUCUCACUCUUUGGCCUCUGGAAACACAGGACCGGGCUUCGGCUGCCACUGUUUGCACAGGCUGUGAAACUCGGCCUCUUUGAAACGCAGUGGCGCCACCCUCUGCCUCCCGCCGAGCAUCUCAAGGACACAAACUGUUGGUCUACUAUCCUUAAAAAUUAGCGACGUCAGAUUCAAAGGACUACAUUAGCAAGUUGAAUUAGAUGCGCUCCUUCUUACUCCCCUCUCUCAUGACAUUUUCUAAAACAAUGUGCGUCUGAACUGUAUGAAGGUUGUCCUUAGUAGCAGAUCUUUUAAUGGCACUGUUUGCUUUAAUGUUGUAGAUACUGUUCACACGAAUGUCCAUAGGAAAAUUUACUCAAACAGAUUUACGCUAACAGCUUUGUGUUAGAUGGAGAGGGGAUAGUGUUGGAGCUGUCACUUUUGCCAUGGGGAAACAAUGCCUGUCACUGCAUUUGUGUUUUCCUGUUAUCAGCCACACACAUCAAUAUGUAGUGCAUGGAAACUGAAAUCUGCAAAAGUUGCGGAUAACAUUAGCAGUUUGAAGAUGGCACGAUUAUCAACAGCAACAGCUCGUUCCAACCCGAAGCAGCUAAUGCACACUGUAUGUUAGGCAGUAUCACUAUCUCCAAUAUUAUAUUAUAUGUACUCUAUUUAGUAAUAAGAUUUUUGUAUUGAGCUCAUAGCAGCAUUUUCUAAAUGGCUUCAUUUUACUGCCACAAUUAUUAUUCUUGUAAGAAAACAGAUCCUAAGACUGCUCACAUUAAUCUGUGUUUCUCUAGGUCUGCUUGUUGUCAUUUCUCUGUGAAUUUGGAAUAUUUAUAGAUCCUAUUUCAAAUCAAGCAAAGAUUAUGUAGUUGCACAAAUUGAAAUUAAUCAUCGCUGGAUAAAAAAGCCCAAUGUUCCCAUUUCACUUCUCUGUGCUGUAUGUGUCCUAAAUUUUAAGCUAUUGUGAUCAUGAAUGUGAAUGUUGUCUGUGCAUGUGUUCCAUAACGUGUGUCAUGCAUGUUGUGAUGUAUUAUUAAGCGCAUUUUACUUGGGGGCCCUGCAUUUUUGCAAAAACAAACAUCACACACAUGAUAUCAGUACAGUCCUGCAUUUUUUUCCCCCUUUUGAUCAUGACAAAUCAAAUGCACAGGAAGAGCAGCAUCUCACACCAAACCUCUCGUCUGCACACUGAAUAUUGCAAGUGUCUUAUUCAGAGCCUUGUCCCACUAACCUUGGGAUAAAUGUUUGAUGAGUAGAUCUCCUUACCGACUGAAGAGAGCGCUCUCUGUCCGCCAGAGACUCGUGCAUUCAUGACCACACCUCGGCCUGAGCAUGCUGUCAAAAAUGUACCGCCACUUGAAUUAUGCUGUUUGUGCAAAGCAUUCAUUUUCAAUCCCAGACUGAUGUUUUGGCUCAAAUAUUCUACCACUUUGAAUAAGAGCAACGAAAUUAAUAUGUGCUUAUAUUUCAGAUAGAACACCGUGCAUGAAAAAAAAAAAUGCCAGAUUGAGAUAUUUUUGUUGCUAUUUGUAAACCACGCCCUCCAGUUCCAGGAUUUCAUCAGUUACUUGGUUUCACACCAUUUUGGACUGGAUUUAAUCAAUUUGGUACUAAAUGUUGGGAAUGUGGGAAAUCUGUUUUGGAUGUUUUCAUAUAAAUAAGGAGACACAUUUCACAAUAUUUGUAGAGCAUGAAUCAGUCUGCUGUUGCAUCUCUGGAAUAACUGCACCUCAAAAUCGAGCUGGAAGUGUCUUUCUGAAUAUGAAUGUCCGUAAACAGACGAGCAUCCCCACAUCAUGGAAAAUAAGCUAUAUGUUUACUUUGUCUAUGCUGGAUGUACAUUUUUUGCAGGUGUAACAUAUUAAACGUACACACUAUGUCAUCACGGAAGACAUGGUCCUGGUCGGGCAAUCAUUUGGAAAUGUUCUAAUUCACUUUCAUUGGAUGCCAUAUUGAUGUUGAAAUUGAAAAUGAUGUAAACGUCAUUGCCAUUUGAUUUUCUAUAUAUAUUAAUAUAUAAACUCUGUAUGUAGUAACCCUCUAAAUUUUUGUUGUUUCAUUGUUUCCAUUAUAUCACUGAUAUGUUACAAUUCUCACUCUUGCUUAAUAGAAUGUAAUUAUAUUUUCAAACUGUCAAUUGAGGAAAAUAAAUCUUAAAUGACUA